AUAGGUCAGUUACAUUAUGCUACUCUAUUAUAUGCGCACACCUUCCCCGAUUGGCGAUAACAAAACGAUGUCCCGCUGAUUAACUUCAUUUUCCCUUCAAUUGUUAUUGAGCAGGCUACUGCAAAAAGAAAACAAAAAGUCACCCGAAUGUAAAGAAUAACCUGUUGAUGAAAUCUGAAAAGAAUCCAAACUGUAAAAUGCAUAUGAUGAUUAAGAUUUGUGACUUUCGAUUCAUUUUGGCUAAAUUAAACUGAGAAAUAAAUUCUGAAUAAAGUACAAUUGAGGCGCAGUGGGGGGAUGUGCGCUACACCCCCCACCCCCUCCUCUCUCUCUAACUCUCUCUCUCUCUUCUGUGAAGCACAGAGCGGAACAAGCCCACCGAGGCAGAGGAAAGGGAGACCUCUGAAACGAAUGAACUGGAGAGGGGGAUAAUGUAGUGAGCAAGGGGAGGCGUGUCAACAAUCAGGGACUUGGAUGCAGGGGAACAUCUUGGCGAACACAUGGAAUGGACUCGGAUUAAUUACGAAGCGUCAAGGACACGAAGCGAGAAGGGGAAAACAGCUCCCUGCGGUGCUGAGGUUCUGCUGCGGCUCCUGGAUGAGCCGGGAUACCGAAACCCGCUGGGCGCAAAGUUAAUGUUUGGAAAAACCUCGCGGGAUGUCGUCGGCUAAGAUGCAAGGUCUCAGCUCCAAGGCGCAUGCCUUUUCCGUCGAAGCGCUGGUGGGGAAACCCUGCAAGAGGAUGAAAAUGUCCGAGGAACGGGUUUCAAGUUCACGUGGACACACUGACACUGAAUCAGUGGAGUGCCGCGUCACCCAAACGCAUAAAGAGGAUUUUCAGGUCAUGGAGGCCGAAGCGGUCGGGUUAUCGAGCAAACCCAAACAGAGUGAAUGCACUCCACGGAGAGAGGUGCGGGUCGAGCUGCAGGGCUCAGAGCUCUGGAAGAGAUUCUUUGAGAUCGGCACCGAAAUGAUCAUCACCAAAGCUGGAAGGAGGAUGUUUCCAUCCGUUCGCGUCAAAGUGCGGAAUCUGGACCCAUGCCAGCAGUAUUACAUCGCAAUGGACGUCAUGCCCGUCGACUCAAAACGUUAUAGGUAUGUUUACCACAGCUCUCAGUGGAUGGUGGCGGGAAACACCGACCAUUCUUGCAUCUCACCAAGGCUCUACGUGCACGCAGACUCGCCGUGCGCGGGAGAGACGUGGAUGCGUCAGGUGAUCAGCUUUGACCGGGUGAAACUCACCAACAACGAGAUGGACGACAAGGGACAUAUAAUUCUACAGUCCAUGCAUAAGUACAAGCCACGUGUGCACAUCAUCCAACAUGACCCUAGGAUGGACUUGUCCCAGAUCCAGUCGCUGCCCGCUGAGGGAGUGUUCAGCUUCUCCUUCCCAGAAACCGAGUUCACCACCGUCACAGCCUAUCAGAAUCAACAGAUCACAAAACUGAAGAUCGACAGGAACCCGUUUGCCAAGGGCUUCAGGGAUCCAGGAAGGAAUAGAGGAGUGUUGGAUGGUUUGCUGGAGUCUUACCCUUGGAGGUCCCCUCUCAGCUUGGACUUCAAGCCAUUUGCCAUUCAACUUCAAGGGAGCUUGGGUUCCCCUACCAGCCCCGCCUCCCCGCUGAAGAGUCUCCUACCACUCUCAACUUCGUCAUCAUUUCUUUCGCUCUCCUGCCAGGACACCGCUCUUCACACUCUUGCACUUCCUUUCUAUGGAAAAACUACGACCAGCCCCACAUUGCCCGGCAGAGCCUUCUCCGCCGUGGGAGCCGACAGACUCAGAGAUAUGCCGUCAGUGUCUCCGCUUACAGAUCCCCCACUCUUCUCUAUGCUGCAGGCAAAGAAACCUUCCAACUGUCGUGAUCCAGGUCUUUCUCAAUCGAGCGCCCCGUGCUUGAUACCCAUCCCUAGCCCUCAAGGAUCUGCUUCCUCGUUAAUGCCUCACCUCUCACAAAGUCCUGGCCCAUAUUGUCUUUACCACUAUAGCUUCCCCUUGGACCCUCAACUUGCAACUGUUUCCCGACACACCAAACUAGCUGAAGACAACGCAGAAGCUCUACUGCGGCAAUCUUCAUGGCAUCUGGCCAGCAACCGUCAUCUCUGACCAUCUCCAGCCCAAGGAGAGUAACAAGCCCAGCGUGCUACAGCUCUCUGGAGGGGAAACAUCGGAAGGAGUUAAAACAGGGCCGUCACUGAAGGGAUUAUUUGUUUUUAAGAAAUAUUUUGAUCGCUGUGUCUGCGGUGCCAAAAACAAAAACGAAACACGAAA